AUGCUGUACGAUUCAGCCGUUCUUCCCGGGUGGGACGUCGAAAUGAUGGCAAAGCAGUUGGAGAAACUGCUGCUCCAGAUCGACUCCGGCCUAGAUCCAUCAACGGUGGUUUCAGACUUGAGACCCCUGACACAUCAACAAGCUGCAGACAUCCUCAAGUUCAGCUGUAGCGAUCUGAAUGAGCAUCACGAAUGUCUCCAUGAGCGAAUCCUCGCCAAAGCAAAAGACUGGGAGACGAACGACGCUGUUCAUGGAUGGGAUGCCAGAUACACCUAUUCUGAGCUGCAAAGCACUGUGAAGCUGCUCUCUCCGCGUGUCUCAUCUCAUCUCGGAGGCAUGGCUGGUGGAAGAAUCAUUCCCAUCUGCUACGAAAAGUCGGCAGCUGCCUUGGUCGCCAUGCUGACCAUGCUCUCAGGGGGCUACGGCUUUCUCAUGAUCGAUUCCGGCCUUCCCACCGAUCGUAUCAAGUACAUGCUUGAGGUCAUCGGGGCAAACUGUGUUGUCUGCUCGAACGCUAGUCAACAACUCGUUCUAAACAUUGGAGCACAAUCAAUCAACUUUGAGAACAUGUUCCAGUCGGCCGCCUACUGCAUAUUCACCUCAGGCUCAACCGGAUCUCCCAAGGGAGUGGUCCUGUUGCACAACCAAGUCACAAGCGGCCUCGAAGCCCAAUGUAGUGUCGGGCUCUAUCUUUCCAGCGCCCAUAUUCUUCAGUUCUCCAGCUACAGCUUCGACACGUCCAUAGCCGACAUCUUCGCGACGUUGCUGAGCGGCGUCGGCUGCGUGUGCAUCCCAAGAGAUGAGGACAAGCUGGUGCAGCUUUCCAGGAACAUCAACGAGUUCUCCGUCAACGUGAUUGACCUGACGCCGUCGGCAGCAAGAAUGAUUCAGCCAGCCGACGUACCGAAGCUUAAGGUUCUCCGCCUGGGAGGCGAAUCAAUGCACCAGCAUCACAUCGAAACAUGGGCGAACCGUUGCAACCUGCAGAACACGUACAGCCCGACCGAGUGCUGCGUUCAGUGCACAUCUGUCGACCAUAUUGACAACUCCACGCCUUCUUCGGUCAUUGGGAAAGGCAUUGGGUGUCACACGUGGGUUGUUGAUCCCCAGACCCACGAGCAUCUGAUGCCGUUGGGGGCUGUUGAUGAGCUCGCUAUUCAAGGCCCUGCCGUUGCUAGAGACCUGGUCAAGUUCAAUAAACAGGGCAACCUGAUCUUCGUCGGAAGGGGUGAUAACCAGAUCAAGAUCCGAGGGCAGCGCGUCGAACUGGAAGAGAUUGAGAAUAACCUCCAACAACAUGCCCUCACGAAAUAG